CACACUUUGCUGUUUGUGCUGCUGUUAGAUUAGUUUAUCAGACUAAAUUAUUUGAUUGAUUUUGUACAUUAAAUUUACAUAUCCAAUUGAAAAUCACAGAUAACAUUUUUUUAAAUAUAUAUUUCUUUGAUAUUUUGUUCCAUGUUAACCAUGCCUGAGAUUUUGAUCCUUUUUGUAAUGUUGAACACACUCUUCUGCUGUGGACACGCUCAAGAUGCUGCUUUGACUAUUGAACCCAACUUGUCCACGUUUACUGUUGGACAGACUGUUAUCUUCAUAUGUGACAUGAAGGAAGGAACACAUGUUGACUGGGAAUAUGAAAUCAAGAAGGAUGGUCAACAUUUUAUCUCCUAUAACUCACAUCCACGCUACACGUUAGAACUUCUGCAUGAAGCUUAUGGCGCAGAAUACCAGUGCUGUGGUCGUCUGAGGAGAACAAAUGAAACAAAGUGCAGUAAUAAGAUCUUUUUCCAUGUACAGGAUAAACCCAGAGCCAGGCUGACAGCAACAACAACAAUCAUACCAGUAGAGGGCAGAGUGAGCCUGACCUGCUCAGUGGAUUACGCCUCUUACUGGAAGUUUGACUGGUUCAAAGAUGGGUUAUUAAUCUAUUCUCCAGCUGAAGUUGGAAAUGACUAUGAAUCAGGUAGAACUAUCAUAGUCUCACAGGGAGGUCAGUACCGCUGCAGAGGAAGAAGAGGAAAAGUUUACUACACAGAAGACAGCAAUGAAGUCACCCUUGAAAAAAUGCUUACCAUUAAGCCCACAGUGAUCCUGGAGCCCAACUGGCCUCUGAUAUACAGAGAUGAGACAAUCACUUUAAGUUGUGAGAUCCAGGAAGGUGGAGGAACUCAGUGGACAUAUGAAUGGAGACCAACCAGGUUAAAUAGACCUCCAUCAUCCAGAGAACACAGGAUCAGCAGAGUUACUGACAGUGGAGACUACAGCUGCCGGGGAAGAAGAGACAAGUUUUAUUUAACACAGUGGAGUGAUGUCGUCUCAGUAACUGUAUCAGAUAAACCCCGGCCUGUCCUCUCUGUGUCUCCAUCAUGGCUGAGUCCUGGAUCCUCAGUAACUCUGAGAUGUGAGAUUAAACCUCCGUCUGCAGGUUGGAGGUUCUACUGGUAUAAAGCUGUUCCUGAUCUGUUACACAAGAACUACAGUUAUGAUCUGCUGCCUGGUAGCACUGCUGGGACUGAACAUGAUUCCUACAUCAUUCAUGGACAAACACACACAGCAGGAUAUGUGUGUAGAGCUGGAAGAGGAGACCCAGAGUAUCACACUGAUUACAGUAAAGUAAAGUUUCUCUGGUCUGCAGAUGUUCAUCCAGCAGCGUCUCUCACAGUGAAUCCUGACAGAGUUCAACACUUCACAUCUGACUCUGUUUCACUGAACUGUGGAGGAAACUCUACUGAGUGGAGAGUGAUGAUGUUUGUAAAAACGGGCUUCCUCCUCGCCUGCUCCACCUGGGGGAAAAUGAUUGGUUCUUCAUGUUAUAUGAGGAUGUACUGGGAGAACAGUGGAGUUUACUGGUGUGAGUCUGGAUCAGGAGAGUUCAGCAACACAGUCAACAUCACUGUACAGAAUUUUUAUGAUGAUGGCGUCAUCCUGGUGAGCCCCGUCCAUCCUGUGACUGAGGGAGCUUCUGUCAGUCUGAGCUGCAGACGGAGAGAACAAAACACACUUUCCAGUGUUUCUUUCUAUCACAAUGACAAACUUCUCCAACAUGAUGGCAGAGAGGAGCUGAACAUCUCUGCAGUGUCACAGUCAGACGAAGGUUUCUACAAGUGUCAACAUGCAGGAAAGACGUCACAACAGAGCUGGAUGUCAGUUACAGCUGUGUCCAGACCUGAAAGCUCUUCAUUUCCUGUGCUGCUGAUCGUUGGACUAGUUGCUGGAAUCGUGUUUAUUUUACUGAUCUUACUUUGUUGGUACAGAAGGUCUAAAGGUGUUACUGCAGAGCAGACGAUCCACCAGUAUGAAAAUGAGCAGCAUGCUUACUCCGCUCUCCUCCACGGAGACAUUUCUAUCUAUGAAAGAAUCAGAAGCUCUGAAAACUCUGCAAAUGGUCAACAAGAACUGGAUUACGUUAACGUGACAUCUCGGACUCAGAAAUCUUGACCAGUGGUCUGUUUAAGGAGAGGUCAUCAACAAAACAGAAGCUCAGAAGAAACACUGGACACAUUGUUUGGUCGCAGAGUUC